CACUUGGGCGUGAGUAUAAAAAGGAAAAAGCCCAUCCGGUCUCACUCGACAAUCGUCAAUAGCAGCCAACAGAGUCAUCCGCAACAACAUGAGUCGCCCAAUUAAUAUUCUGGUGAUGAGUUUGUGCAUCUUGCUGGCCAUUUGGGUCGGUGUCGCUGAAGCCGCACCUCGUCAAAAGCGCCAAUACUACGGAAACCAAUACGAUGGUUACAACAGUUAUGGUAACUACGACAAUUAUGGUGGUUACAACAAUUACGGCGGAUACAACCAAGAAUACGGCGGUUACGGUGGAGGUUCUGACGAAAUCUAUUAGUUAAUCAACUCAUACUCAAUAACGCACGGAAUUGCAUUUUUGACUGAAUUCAAGCCUCAAUAAACCAAACGGCAAACACUCA